AUGGCGUCAACAAAUCACUCUGGUAUCAACUAUGGAGCCCAGGUGGGAAUCAAUUAUGGCACAUUUACGGCAGACUUUCAUCUGCCACCGGAGCGGCCAGAAACUCCGCCCAGCCCUUUGUCAACUGUCCCAUUCACGCGCGAUCCAGACUUCAUCCGUCGCGACACACUGCUUGAUCAGAUUUAUGAGAAAAACUCGGUCCCGGGGUCGAGGAUAGCGCUUGUUGGCCUCGGCGGUGUUGGAAAAUCGCAACUUGCGAUCGAAUACUCCUACAAAGUCCGAUCCAAAUCACCGGCAACAUGGGUUUUCUGGGUCCAUGCGAGUAAUGAAGCCCGAUUUGAGCAAAGUUUCCGGGACAUCGCCGACCAGGUUAAAAUCCCGGGUCGUCAAGAUGCUAAAGUUAACAUAUUCAAACUGGUCGAAAACUGGCUCCGCGAUAGAAAGAUAGGAAAUUGGGUUUGCAUCCUUGAUAAUGUCGAUGACGAUCAGCUUCUUCGCUCGGUUCCGGUGGCAGGCAAGGGAGAUCCGAUGAGCAGCUCAACGAACGCCUCAACAAAACCACUCUUAGAAUACAUUCCUAGAAGCCGAAAUGGCUCUAUCAUCAUCACGAGCCGGACUAGAGAGGUUGCGUUAAAGAUGGUCUAUCACAGCGACCUUAUUGAGGUUAAACCUAUGGAAAAGUCCGAAGCGCUAGAGCUUCUCCAAAGAAAGCUUGAACAACCAGGAGAGAGCCAAGAGUGUCGACAGUUAGUGAACGCGUUAGAGUCUAUGCCGCUAGCUAUCGUACAGGCCGCUAGGUAUAUUCGAAAUCGGGCGCCUCGGUCUUCGGUAUCACAAUACUUGAAAGAUUUCCUAGGGAGUGACCGUGAAGCAACAAAGCUUUUGAAAACAGAGGCGGGUCACCUCUACCGGGACUGGGAAGCAAAGAACUCAAUUCUGGUGACGUGGCAAAUAUCAUUUGAUCAUAUACGCCAAACAAAGCCGUCUGCAGCGCAGUUGCUUUCUCUCAUGAGCUUUUUUGAUCAGCAAGGAAUACCAGAGAACCUUAUCCGGCAUCGGCCCAAGGCCAACUACACACCAAGUUCAGAACUUCCAAGUGACUCCAGCGACGGAGAGACAUCUGAUUCUGAUUCAGGUCCCGAUUUUGAAGAUAACAUCGCAACACUUAGAGACUAUUCAUUUAUAUCUGUUAUUGAAAACAGCACUCUCUUUACGAUGCAUCGGCUAGUGCAACUGACUACGCGUGCGUGGUUGAAAUCUCAUGGACAAAAAGAUCAAUGGAAGGGUGAAUUCAUUAGCAUCCUAUGCGAGGAGUUUCCCACUGCUGAAUACGAAAAUUGGGAGAAAUGCAGACCGUUGUUUCCUCACGUCAAAUCCGCAAUGUCACAACAGCCAGCAUCAACCAAGUGUCUACUAAAAUGGGCUAUGCUGCUUUAUAGAGGUGCAUGGUAUGCGUCGCAGAUUGGUAACAUCACGGAUGCAAGAGAAAUGGCAUUUCAAUCAAGAAAGCAUAGAAUGAUAUUGUUAGGUGAUGAACACGAAGAAACUAUUGAUAGCACAAGCAUGUUGGCAACAGCGUACUGGCAUGAGGGCCGAUGGGAGGAGGCCGAGCAGCUCGACGUGCAGGUCAUGCAGACUCGCAAGACAAAGCUCGGCGAGGACCAUCCCGACACACUGACCAGUAUGGCCAACCUGGCGUCGACGUACAGGAACCAGGGCCAUUGGAAGGAGGCCGAGCAGCUCUUUGUGCAGGUGAUGGAGACUCGCAAGACGAAGCUCGGCGAGAACCAUCCCUCUACGCUGACCAGUAUGGCUAAUCUCGCUUUCACCUGGAAAUCUUCAGGUCACGAUGCCGAAGCCAUAUCUCUGCUACGGGAGUGCUUAACCAAGCAGAAGCAAACAAUCGGCCUAAACCAUCCCACUACUUUAUCUAAUUCUGAAACAUUAUUAGAAUGGGAAACAAAGGUUGCACGGGAACUGAAGGGGAAUUGCAAACGGAUGAGGAGGGGGAAAGUUAUAGAGAAUACUGAAGAAAGCGCUGAAUACGGAUGA